AUGAAUUGCCAUGGCCUAUGCGGUGCGUCCGACCAACUGUUCAUAACGUUGGCACUUAAGCUGGAAAACGCGGGUCCCGUAGCCUUUGUCCGGGCGCUCAGUGUUGUCAUCAGUUUUAUAUUCUCGAUCACAAUACUGAAUGAGAAGAUACUGGUGACCAGGUUUAUUGGCGGUGCCCUCAUCUUCGCCUCCAUCAUCGUUAUGGGUGUCUAUAAGUGGCGCACAGACUAUAAGUGCGAUGAAAAGGCAGCCGUGAGUGACGAGUGCUGUCCUCAAAAUAACAACAAAACCUAUUCAAUAGGAGGUCUUAGUGUAGUUCAAGUGCUGUCAUCCGUCCCGUCUUAUCGUAUACAUCCGUCAUAUAUGGCCCGUCCGGUAGAUGUGUCCGCUCCGCACAUUUUGAGUUACCUCGACGUCUGGCAG